AUGUCGCACCAGUAUACUGAUCAGUAUGCGGAUCCAGUAGAGGAUGGUCAGUUUAGGGGCCGCGGCGAUGGGAUGCGAAAGGAAGAAAAGGCCCAUCUCGAGCAACCGAAUUCCGAGUACGAGGAUCCGUUUGGCAGUGAGGAAUUCGCCGAAGUCAAAUAUCGAACGUUGACCUGGUGGCAAUGUGGAAUGAUCAUGAUCGCCGAAACCAUCUCCCUAGGUAUCCUGUCAUUGCCUCAGACAGUGGCCACCAUUGGAAUGAUUGGAGCGGUGAUUUUGAUUGUGGGUUUGGGUGCUCUGGCUACUUACACAGGAUAUGUCAUCGGGCAAUUCAAACUUCGUUACCCCCAUGUCCACAGCAUGGCCGACGCCGGUGAGGUUCUAUUUGCGCCGCUGGGAAUACCUCGAUUCGGAAGAGAGUUCCUCGGUACUGCGCAGCUACUCUUUCUCAUUUUCAUCAUGGGCAGCCACAUCUUGACCUUUACCGUGAUGAUGAAUACCCUGACCAACCACGGCACUUGCUCCAUCGUGUUUGGUGUAGUCGGUUUGGUCGUAUCAUUCAUCUGCGCUCUGCCAAGAACCCUACGAAAGGUCUCAUGGUUCUCCUUUGCCUCCUUUGCAAGUAUUCUUGCUGCCGUGUUCGUGACAAUGAUCGCCAUCGGCAUCCAACGACCCGGGCACGGUGUUGUGGAGGCGACACGCCAUACCAGUCUGGCCAAUGGGUUUCUCGCGACAACAAAUAUCGUCUUCGCUUACGCCGGUCACGUCGCAUUCUUCGGUUUUAUUUCAGAAAUGCGCAAACCUACCGAGUAUCCCAAGACGCUCUACUUGCUACAGGGCACCGAUACCACACUGUAUCUUGUCGCAGCUGUUGUCAUUUAUUACUACGGAGGGCCGGAUGUCAAGUCCCCUGCUCUCGGCUCCACUUCCUCCGUAACGGCGAAAGUGGCCUACGGACUAGCGAUUCCCACGAUCGUCAUCGCCGGAGUGAUCAAUGGACAUGUUGCUGCCAAGUACAUUUAUGUCCGCGCCUUCCGUGGUUCUGACCACAUGCACAAGAGAAGUUUCCUCUCAGUUGGAACCUGGGUUCUUAUUACCCUGAUUCUCUGGGUGAUCGCAUGGGUGAUUGCAGAGGCAAUCCCCGUCUUCAGCAACCUACUGGGCUUAAUUGUUGCCCUCUUCGCCAGUUGGUUCACAUAUGGACUAAGCGGUAUCUUUUGGUUGUUCUUGAAUUGGGGAAACUACACUAGAUCGGCUGGGAAAAUAUUCCUGACCUGCCUCAACCUGUUCGUGUUUGCAGUCGGAGCUGUCUUGUGUGGAAUGGGUCUUUGGACAUCUGGCGUGGCGAUUCACAACAACGCAUCCAAGUCCAGCUUCUCUUGCAAUGCCAACCAGUAA